AAUUUCAACAUAUAUAUAUACACACACACAAUCCAUAUUUCCUCCUUGUUUUUCAUUUUUGCAAAUUUAAACAGGUGAAGCUGCAAACAACUGAGAUCCGCUCAGAAAAAAGAAGUGUGUUCUAUUUGGCACGAACGUUUACUUUACGAUCCUUCUCAUUGAAUCAACGACACUUAAAUACUGAGAAUCCAAGAAGAAAUCAGAGAGGCAGCACAAGCAGUGGACAUGCUCUCUUUGCUACUAGAUUUAAUAAUAAUCAAUCUUUCAUGGAUUCAUCAUCAGAUGAUGAGCCUGAGUUCGAUUAUAAAAAGUUGAAAAUGACCAAUAUCUUACUCAACGAUCAAUUUGCUUGUGAUAUUGAAGAAUUAAAGGAUGGAAGAGAGAUGAAUCACCAAAAAUCACCUGUCAACUACAAACAAGAAACUCCCCUUUUGAGGUUUUUUUCUUGGAAUGAAGCAAGACUUGGCUUCAAAAACAGCUUCAAAAAGAUCAAUAUUUCUGGGGGAGUUCCACUCUUGAAUAAAGCAUGCAGUGAACUCGGUGGCGAUGAUAUCGAUGUCGAGAGGCGAUGUUUAGGGUACUCAAAGAGAACUAAAGUACACCCUGAGGAAAAGGCGAAAGAAAUAGGGUUUGAAGAUGAAGAUCAAUUUGAGAUUGGAAAGUGGGAAAAGAAGAGUGUUUUAAGCAGAAAUGGUGAGAUGGAGCUUUCUACCGAUACAUUUUUCGCGUCAAUUGAUCAAAGAAGUGAGAAAGCCGAUGGUGGGAGUGCAUGCACGGUUCUCGCAGUAAUCAUUGCCGAUUGGAUGCAUAGAAACCCAAAUUCUCUUCCAUUAAGAUGCCAGUUCGAUCAACAAAUUCGUGAGGGGUCUUCAGAAUGGAGAAAACUUUGUGACGAUGAUAAUUAUAAAGAAAACUUCUCCGACCGGCAUUUCGAUCUCAAUACAAUAAUAGAGGCAAGAAUAAGACCGAUAAUUGAAAUCGUGGAUAAUUCCUUCAUUGGUUUCUUCAGGUUAGAUGAUAUUGAAUACCUUCAAGCAGUGAGGUCUUUUGACAGCAUAUGGAAUGAGCUUUUACACAACAAUGAAUUCGAAGAAAGGGUAUAUAUCACUAGUUGGAAUGAUCACUUUUUUGUUUUAAAGAUGGAAAAAAGUGCUAUUUAUUUGAUCGACACACUUGGGGAGAGAUUAUAUGAAGGUUGCAACCAAGCAUACAUAUUGAAGUUCAGUGAAGCGAGCGUGAUCUAUAGAAAGAAACAUACUUCUGGCUCUCGAAAAGGAGAAUCCAAUGGUGAAACAAAUGAUGUGGAAAGCCGAGGGCUAAACGAAGAAAAUGGUUCUCCUGUCGAGAUCAUUUGCGAAGGGAUGGCGUGCUGUAAAGAGUAUAUCAAGGGGUUUUUAGCAGCUAUUCCAUUGAGAGGACUCCAAGAAGACAUCAGAAAAGGGUUUAAAGAAGAAAAUACUAUGCAUAAAAGGCUACAGAUUGAGUUCCAUUAUAUGGCUCCUUGCACUGAUAAAUCAUCAGCAGGGUUAUAA